UUUGCCUGUUCAGCACACCUAGCACUAAAACAAAUACUAAACAUGCGUUUCCUUAUCGCCUUCUGCCUGAUUGGUGCCGCCUGUGCCCAGUACAACUAUGGAGCGGGAUUUUCUGGAGCCGCCUCCGAUAAUGUUCCCAGCUUCGCCGGAAACGGUGUGGGUGACUACAGUGGUGCCGCCAGCAGCCCGGACUACUCGGUAUCCAGUGAACUGAACAAGGAGUACUACACCUUCGAAGCCGAUGAGAGCCAGUUCGAGGAUCCCUUGGCUGCCCAGAAGAUCGCCGGUUCUGUGAACAAGGGACUGCGGGUGGUGUUCAUCAAGGGACCCGAGAACCGUGGUCUGGAGAACGCUGCUCUGGCUCUGGCCAAGCAGGCUGCCGAGCAGAAGACUGCCAUCUAUGUCCUGAACAAACAGACCGACAUUGGAGAUCUGGCUCAGAAGUUCAAUGCCGCCCGCCAGAAUGCCAACCAGCGUCCUGAGGUGCACUUCGUCAAGUACAGGACUCCUGAGGAUGCUGCCAAUGCCCAGCGUGCCAUCCAGUCGCAGUACGACAACCUGGGAGGAUCCAGCCAGUCCAUCAACGGAGGAGUGGCCAACGCCAUCAACUUCGCUUCCGCUGCUCCCGCCGCCCCUGCCCGUCAUGGAGCCAACUACUCUCCUCCUGCCGCCGCCACCAGCAACUCCUACCUGCCAGCCAACAUCCUGCGUCGCCUGCGCAUCCGUUAAGAACCAAUAAACUGACAGUUGUUAAAUGUGUUGUAGAAAUGUAAUUGACUAAAAAUAAAACGAAAAUCUAUAUAAACCAA